UCCGCUUCCGGUUUUCCAGUUCCGGGUUCCCCGGCCGAGGCGGUGAUGGCGGCGGCCUCUUCCUCCUCCUCCUCGGCGACGGGGUGCCGGGAGGGCCCGGUAGGGCCCGGCUGGAGCGACUCCCAGUUCCGUCACUACUCCUUCGAGACGCGGCCCAUCCCGCGCCUCAGCCAUAGCGACCCCCGUGCCGAGGAGCUCAUCGAGAACGAGGAGCCAGUGGUGCUGACGGAUACAAAUCUGGUUUAUCCUGCCCUGAAAUGGGACCUGGACUACCUCCAGGAAAACAUUGGCAAUGGGGACUUCUCAGUGUACAGUGCCAGCACACACAAAUUUUUGUACUAUGAUGAGAAGAAGAUGGCCAAUUUUAAGAAUUUCAAACCCAAGUCAAGCAGGGAAGAGAUGAAGUUUGCUGAGUUUGUGGACAGACUGCAAGAAAUACAACAAAAAGGGAGUGCUGAGAGACUAUACCUGCAGCAAACUUUGAAUGACACAGUUGGGAGGAAGAUUGUGGUGGAUUUCCUUGGCUUCAACUGGAACUGGAUUAACAAGCAGCAGGGGAAACGUGGCUGGGGUCAACUGACUUCUAAUUUGCUGCUCAUUGGUAUGGAAGGGAAUGUGACACCAGCUCAUUAUGAUGAGCAGCAGAACUUUUUCGCUCAGAUUAAGGGUUACAAGAGGUGUAUCCUUUUCCCUCCUGAUCAGUUUGAAUGCCUCUACCCUUAUCCUGUGCACCAUCCGUGCGACAGACAGAGCCAGGUGGACUUUGACAAUCCCGACUAUGAGAAGUUCCCAAAUUUCCGGAGUGUGGUUGGCUAUGAGACGGUGGUGGGUCCUGGGGAUGUGCUGUACAUACCUAUGUACUGGUGGCACCACAUCGAGUCCCUCCUGAAUGGCGGGAUUACCAUCACUGUGAACUUCUGGUACAAGGGUGCCCCGACCCCAAAGAGAAUUGAAUAUCCGUUAAAGGCUCAUCAGAAAGUGGCGAUAAUGAGGAACAUUGAGAAGAUGUUGGGAGAAGCCUUAGGAAAUCCACAAGAGGUGGGUCCCUUGUUGAAUAUGAUGAUUAAAGGACGGUAUGACUAAUGCCUGGCUGCCCAGGUGACUGAUGUUGCAGCUGCUUUGUUCACAAGCAAUGGAAGAUACUGAGAGCUAGUAUUGCACGCAGCACUUAACAGACUGAUGGGUGUCCUGGCCCAUCCCUAUCCCUGCCCCACUACAAUAAAGGGGGCUACUGGAACUGCAAAACCAUUAGUACCCCGAUCAUCCUCCACUGUCAUCUAAUCAAACCUCCCAAGAAAGAGUCUGCACUUACUGGAAGCUGGAUUCAUGCUCCCUAACUUUUUUUCUUCCUCUACUCUGUUUACCACAAGAAGAAGCAUGGCUUCUGGCAUUCAGAUGUUGCUUCAGGAUUUUCAGGCAUUUGAAGAAGAGCUUGAAGGGGAACUGGGAUUGAUCAUGUUUCCUCAGCCUCAUGGGGUUUGGGCCUCCUGGCUGGGUUUAUGUGUUGGUGCCUGCAGUGGAUAUGGAAUGGGAAGUGACAGGUUUCACAGUUUCUUGUUAUUAGAGGACCUGUCCAUGCUCAACUCUGGCACCUUUUUGUAUAGUGGAGGUGAAAAAGUGAAAUGACCUGUGUAAGAUGAGCAACUGGGCAAAUGAUUCAGUGUUUUCAACUCAAGACGUCUGUGCUUGAGACUUUGUACAGGGUAGAGAGAGAAAAGUGAAUUAAUCAAGUACGUGAGCACCAAAUCCUGUGCUCUCCAAAUGUCUGUUGUAGGAGUCUAGAUAAACCUCCAUUCUGACAGCAGCUUAGGGGAGUGAAGACUUCUCUCCCACUCUUAAGCUGCAAUGUGUUAAAAGGGGAUGAAGUGUUAUGAAGGGAGAUGGAUAAAUGUCAGGCCAAUCUUCAAGUCUUGAAUGAUAAAGCCACAUCUGAAAAAAAAAUUCAGUGGGAGUGCUGACAGAGACUGUAGAGACACAGUGUCAGACAGGUACAGAGCCUCCUCCAUCCCCAUCAGGGAUGCCAGCUCCUCAGACGUUUUGCCCUUUUUACCAAACCUGCAAGAACUCAAGUGUGUGUGGCUGUGCACAUGUGCACGUUUGUGUGAUAUUGUAUGGUUCCUGUCCAUCAGUUUAAAUCAUGCCAGUGUGUUGUUCCCUUCCUUGUACAGUCACUUGAAAGAGGUCAGGGCUUUCUGUUUAAUUGUGAUUAAGUUUAUCUUAAUCCUUCUUGCGUUGGCAUGGCAGGCUAGAAGUGACAAGUCCAGGGCAGAGGAACAAGAGGAGCUUCUGGUUGAGUUCUCAGUGGUCACCCUAAAAAAAUCAUUUUGCUUUCCUCCACCUCUGCCACUAAAAACCUUAGGCUCGUAUGGAGGCUGGCUUUUUAUUCCCCAGGGUGCACUGCAGCGCUGUUCCUGGUUUGGAGAUGGUGCCAAGGACUUGUAUAUCUAAUGCAGUUGUAAUGGAUCCUAAGAGUAUCGAUGGGAGAAGCUAUUGUAUCUCAUUAACGAAAGUAGUGAGGGAUUGUUUUUUCUGUUGAGACUUCCCAUUACUUUCCCGUUUCUUCAGGUCUUAUAGAUACAGGAUUCUGGUAAGUGUAGAGAAGAUGCUGCUCAAUAAGUGCUCUGGUGUUGGCCUCAGGCCUCAUCUUUUGCAGGGACAGCUCAUGCACCAUAUGCUGUGAGCUUCUCUUGCACAAAGGUGAUGGACUUCUUGAACAGGAGGUGCUGGGGGCUAGUUUUAUGGUUGCUUGCAGGUCAGAACAAAUGAAGUGUAAUUGGCAGCUACAGAGCCCUUGUUUAGAAAAUGUGCAUGUCACUGAAUAGUCUGACUGCCGUGUUACUUGUUGCAGACUCUGCCAAGCUGUGGUUAGAUUCAAACGAAGGUCACUCACCUGGAUGCUUCUCAAUGCUCAGCCUUUAGGCAGGUGGGGAAGAAGGCUAGGCUGCUGACAGGCCCAAAGGAAGGCCUUCCCAGGAAUCCUGGGCACACUUGCAGUCUCUGCCCUCGCUUGAAAGACGCUCAAAUGAAAUCCCAUCUCUGUGCUUUUUAUUUAUUGCGCAGUAGUCUCUAGUACUACUUGUUAGACACCAUCAAUUCUUGGAGCUUAGGGUGGGAAUUCAUGUCCCAUGUGGAGAGGGAAUGGUACUUACGGAACUUGAGGAUCCUUUUUAUUUGCCAAAGGUCUAACUUUUUAGGUGUCUGAACAGUUUUUGCUGCACUUGACUUUGUGAAAGCUCAUUUACAAUGCACUGAUGGACUGACUCUCCCCUUCUGUUUUCACCUUGUGCUUUCAAUGCCCCUUGCCAUGGUAUUGGGAAGCUGUGUGUGUUCUCUGCUAGGGGUGUGUGUGUGUGCAGGGGGUGGGGUGUGACAAACACACGGUACCUUCUGAAGUGUAGUUCUUAAAUACAACCAAUGUUGAACAACA